CAGGGAACAAGUUUCUCCGAAACGUCCUUGAUCCCUCCGAGGCGACGUUAUGGCCGACCUAUUCUUUUUCAAUAACUUGCAGCUUCUUUUCAUUCUUCAUCCGAGAAUUCUUCAACUCAACACUGUGUGCACGGCAGCUCCUCUCCCCUCUCUCCAUCUCUACAAAUGUCUUCAGAUUCUGAUGCCACCUUCCCCAAUUCAUCAUCCUCGACUCCAUUGCAAUUAGACGAUCCCCAAAUUCGAAGAUUGUCUACGCUUCUCCCUCUGCUUCUCAGUUUAGCACCUCCUCGCCACAUCCCAGAAUUCGAUACUGCAAGCCACCGUGGUCGAGUCCGGAUCAUCAUAGUUGACCCGUCAGCUGGAGCUAUGAUCGUGAUCGAAGGCUAUGGGGAUCUCCAAUCCGUGCUUCAAGGCCUCUCGGGGAAGCCUGGAGCGUUGCCGGCGUCCAAGGAUUCGAUUCAGGCCAUGCCGAGAGUGGUGGUGACCGAAGAAGGCGCGGAUUGUUCGAUCUGCUUGGAAGCUUACGAAGUCGGCGGUGAGGCUAGGGAAAUGCCUUGCAAGCAUAAAUUCCACUCUGGGUGUAUUGAGAAGUGGCUAGGGCUUCACGGGUCUUGCCCAAUCUGCCGAUAUGCCAUGCCGGCGGAGGAGGAAAACACAAGCACCGCCGGCAGCGAGGACGAGCAAGAUGGUGCCGAGAGGAGGGAGAGCGGUGAGGGGCUGGUAUCCGUGAGUGUAUGGGUUAGGUCCCUCGACGAAGACGACGACGACGACGACGACGAUCCAAUGGAAGUGGAUUCAGACUUGGAUCACGGAUCCGGGGGAUCCAAUAGUGGUUCAGGAGAAGGGAAUUCUGCAGGGGAUGAAGACUCUUGGAUGAUGGAUCAAGAGCCGCAAGAUAUGGAAUUCUGAAAGAGGGAUCAAAUCUGGAAAUAGGAAGAAUUCGUAGGAGUUAAUGGUUUUCCAUUAACAUUUUUGCAUUGACGAGGGCGAUUGCUUCAUAAGAGAAGGGGGCGUGAAAUGAAGUGAGCUGCUUUCUCCUCAUGGAUUUCCGAGAUUGCAGCAAGAAUGAGGUGAGCUGGAUUACUGAGGACGCAUCCC